UUACAAAAAAAAAAAAAAACUAGCUAGCUAGAGUGUCUGUAUCAUUCGUGGUGAAUUGGAAUUAUUUUUUUUUUCUUUCUCUCGAACUCGCUCGCUCCGCUAUGUUGUGUCAUAUUUUUCUGUAAAUGAAAAAUUCACGCCAAAACAAAAACGAUCGCAACAAAUAAAAUUCUUAUAAGUUUUUUUUUUUAUUUUAUUUUUUAUAUUUUUUUUUUGUAUUUUCUUAAAAAAUUAAAUUGAAAAAGAAUUAAAAAUCAUAGAAAAAAGUGCAGAAGAAUAAAAAAAAAAGUCUCUUUUCUUCUCUUCGCCACCUCACCUACACAUCUCUUGACGGUCGGUGGUGAGAAUUCCCAAAAAUUUAUAUUCAGUGACACAAAAGAAGUAGCAAAUAAAAAAAAAAAAAUUUGUGGUAAAAAAACGGAAAAGAAAGAAACGAAAAAUUAUAUUCUUUAUCCAACAAAGUGCAAAAAAAAAAGAAGUAACAAAAAAUAAUACAAAACGACUUUCUUUUGCGGAAACAAAAAAAAAAGAAAUUCAACAAAAUAAAUAAAUUUUAAUUUUUUAUUCCAACGGAGUGGUAAAAAAUAAAUUAAAGUUUAAUGUCUAGACACGCUUACCAACAACCGGUUAUUAUGAAAGGAAACUGUUACAAAAUGUCUCGUAGCAAAGACAAAUAUGAAAGCAGUAACAGACGGCAGCAAAUUAUUAUGUCGCCAGAAGAGGCUGCUUCUGGUAAGAAAACUUGCUGGACCGGAAUCGAGAUAACAGGAUAUGUACGCAAUAUAAGUCCCACAUUGUGGCAUUUUGAACAUUUAACUGCUCUCUAUUUAAAUGAUAAUCAUUUAAUGCGGUUGCCUUCAGACAUAGGAUUAUUAGUUAACCUACGCACUUUGGAUGUGUCUAGUAAUAAAUUAAGAAGUUUACCUGCUGAACUUGGAGAACUUAUUCAACUAAGGGAACUUCUUCUAAAUCACAAUUGUCUACGUGUCCUCCCCUAUGAAAUAGGAAAAUGUUUUCAUCUACAUGUCUUAGGCCUUCUAGGUAAUCCAUUACAGAAGGAAUUUUUAUCAAUAUAUAACGAGCCUAAUGGUACACAAAAACUACUCACGUAUAUGCUGGAUAAUCUAUCAUUUACCGGAACAGCUCCACCGCAACGACCAUGGAUACCAUUAGCGAAGCCCAACAAAACUAGACCGUCCUGUAUCUUUACCGUGAUGUGUUACAAUGUUUUAUGUGACAAAUAUGCUACUAGACAAAUGUACGGCUAUUGCCCAGGUUGGGCUCUCAGCUGGGAUUAUAGAAAAAAGGCAAUUCUUGACGAGAUUCGACAUUACUCUGCCGACAUCAUCAGUCUGCAGGAAAUCGAAACAGAACAAUUUUAUAGCUUCUUUCUGCAAGAACUCAAAAACGACGGUUUCGAAGGUAUCUUUUCACCAAAAUCACGGGCCAAGACAAUGGGUGAAAAUGAACGUAAAUUUGUAGACGGUUGUGCUAUUUUCUUCCGCUCAUCGAAAUUCUCCCUUAUCAAAGAACACUUAAUUGAAUUCAAUCAGCUAGCUAUGGCCAAUGCUGAAGGUUCUGACAAUAUGCUGAAUCGUGUUAUGCCAAAAGACAACAUUGGCCUGGCAGCUCUACUUAAAGUUAAAGAAAACGCUUGGGAUUCAAUGAGCGAUGUCAACCAAAUAUCACAACCUUUGUUAGUUUGUACGGCGCAUAUCCAUUGGGACCCAGAAUUUUGUGAUGUCAAACUUAUUCAGACGCUUAUGCUGAGCAACGAACUGAAAACCAUUAUCGAUGAGGCGAGUCAUAGUUUUCGACCGGGACACAAAUACGAUUCAAAUAGUGUUCAACUGCUCCUAUGUGGUGACUUCAAUUCACUACCCGAUUCGGGUGUAAUUGAAUUCUUAGGCAAAGGACGUGUCUCAAUGGAUCAUCAGGAUUUCAAAGAACUUGGCUAUAAACCAUGCUUGCAACGUCUAUUAUCGAGUGACACUAGCGAAUAUACUCAUUCCUUUAAAUUGGCAUCGGCAUACAGCGAGGAUAUUAUGCCACAUACGAAUUAUACAUUUGACUUUAAGGGAAUUAUCGAUUAUAUAUUCUACACAAAAACCGGUAUGGUGCCUCUAGGUCUAUUGGGCCCGGUGUCCAACGACUGGUUAAGGGAGAAUAAAGUCGUUGGUUGUCCACAUCCGCACAUCCCAUCUGAUCAUUUCCCGCUGCUGGUCGAAUUGGAGCUAAUGCAUACAGCCAGCCAACAACAACCACCAAAUGGACUCAUCAAUCGGCGGUAGCAAUAGAAUCAAAUAUCUGUGCCGCCUUCUAGAAAAACCUAUGAAGUUGUUGUGAACUGAAAUCAAACACAUACCGCCAAUUUUUUUAAAUUACUUACUACACACAAACACAAACAAAUAAAAAAGAGGGGAAAUACAUUUGUUUUCCCUUUUUUUUUUUGAAACACUAUCAUUUUAUUUUUUUAUAAACAAACAACAAAUCAGUUCUUCUCGUCAUGUUCAUUUUUUUAAAUUCUCCACAACCACCUUCCCCUCCAUCCCCUAAAACACCUACUAGACAAGGAAAUUUCUUAUUAAAUUCAGAUUUUCUUUAUUAAAUUCGAUUUUUCAUAAAAACAAAAGAAACAGAAAAAAAUAUACGUGUAAGUAGUUUUUUUAAUAAAAAACAUUUCAAAUCAAACAACCAACAACAGAAUAAACAAAAAAAUAAAAAACAAAGAAAAAUAAAAAAAAAAAAAAAUCGUCUAUCCGGGUAUAAGAAUAACAUUUUUACAAAUUUACACAAAUUUUAGAGAAACAAAAAAAUAACAAAAAAUUAAUAAAGAAAAUAAGUAAUAUAUAAAUGCAAUUGUAAAAUAUAAUGAACAAAGUAAAUAGUGUAUUUUUAUAUAGACCAAUCAAUAAAAUCAACUCAUUAAUUAAAA